UCUAUCGGAUGGUUCUUGUUUUUUAGAUUACGUGGAUCAAUCAAGUGGUGUUCUGAGUUCUAACUAAUUUCACUAAUAGAGAUAAGCUUCCUCGGCAAUUCCACUACUGAUCAAGCAAACUAGGAUGAUGUGGGGCUCUGUGUCUCCUUUCCUAUCCGUUCCUCCCCUCAAUUGUCUUGGGAUUCAAUUGUAGUGUGGUCCUGCUAAGCUCUAUAUAAAGCCGUCCCAAAUGCUCCAUACACACAGCACCUAAGCAAAAACCAACAACACACCCACAUUCACUGCUAGUCUGGGUAUACAAGCAUAUAUGGCGUCUGAGACAGUGGCAUCCAACUUCGAACCUUCACUGUGGAGCACCUUUUUUAUUGACUAUGAGCUGAAGCCACUGCAGAGAUCGGAAGAAUGGAUGAGGAAGAGAGCUGACGAGCUCAAGGAGAAAGUCCGCACGCAACUUGGGACUUGUGAAGACAUUGUGGGGACGAUGAACUUAGUGGAUGCAAUCCAACAUCUUGGAAUUGAGCACCUCUUCAAACAAGAGAUAGACAACACAUUAAGAGACAUUCGUACAAGUGAAUUUACAAGCUCUAGCCUCCAUGAAGUUGCUCUUUGGUUUCGCUUGCUUAGGGAGCAUGGCCUAUGGGUUUCUCCAGAUGUAUUUGGAAAAUUCAAAUUCGACGGUGAUGAUGCAAGGUUAAGCAGUGUAAUUGCUGAUCAUGACACAAGGGGUUUGCUAAGCUUGUACAAUGCUGCUCACCUCCUAGUACAUGGUGAGCCAGAACUCGAAGAAGCUAUCUCUAUCGCAAGACAUCGUCUCAAAUCAAUGACUAGGGAUUGUGACUUGAAUCCGGUGUUAGCUAAUCAAGUCAACCGCGCCCUGAACAUAGCACUGCCAAGGACAUGCAAGAGAUUAGAGACGUCACUGUUUAUUUCAGAAUAUGAACAAGAGGAAGGGUAUAGUGAAAUUCUUCUGGAGCUUGCAAAGCUAGAUUUUAACAUUGUACAGAACGUGCACCUGAUGGAGCUCAAAUCUAUCUCUGAGUGGUGGAGAGAUCUAUACACGUAUGUCGGGUUAAAUUAUGCUAGGGACCGUGCAGUGGAGGGCUACUUGUGGUCGUGCUUGGUAUUUUAUGAGAAAGAUUUAUCUUUCACCCGAACGUUUGUCGCAAAAAUGAUCUUGCUAGUUACCUUGAUGGACGACACAUUUGAUUCCCAUGCUACCAUUCAAGAAUGCCGACAGUUAAACUCAGCAAUACAAAGAUGGGAUGAAAGCGCUGUCACACUUCUACCAGAGUAUCUGAAGAAGUUCUAUAGAGAACUGUUGAGGAACUUCAAGGUGCUUCAGGAUCAAGUGACAGACAACGACAAGUACAGGGUCACUUACACUAGAAAGGAGUUCCAGAAACUGUCCACCUACUAUCUCCAGGAAGCUGAACCAAGCUUCGGUGACCAGAUUACUUUGACAGCUAUGUCCUCGGUCAUUCCACUACUAUGUGUGAGUGGGACGGUAGGCAUGGGUUAUGUAACCAUGGAAACAUUUGAGUGGGUAGCCAGUAGAACCACCGCUAUAGUAGCAUCGGCAAAAAUUGGGCGUUUCAUGAAUGACAUUGCCGCAAUGAAGCGCGGAAAGAACAAAGGGGAUGUUGCGAGCUCCGUGGAGUGUUACAUGAAUGAGCACAAGGUGACGAUGGAGGUUGCAAUUGACAAGAUUGAUUCACUUGUAGAAGAUGAAUGGAGAACAUUGAACCAGGCUCAUUUCGAGGAUCAUAAACUGUUUCCUGUCGUGGAGCAAGUUGUAAACCUGACUGCUUCCAUGGCUUCGUUUUACGAUGAAAGGAAGGAUGCAUAUACAUUUCCCACCCUUCUUCAGGACACUAUUGAGUCUCUCUUCGUCAAUCCUGUUCCUAUAUAGACGAUAUACUAUAUCAGUUAACUAGCUUAAGUGGUGCUGCCAGUCCAAAUAUAGUUGUAACAUCCUCAAAAUUAUAAUUGGGGGUUAUUGUUGGCUAGUUUGAAUAAUCCUGAGGUAGCCCCAAGCUCUCGUUGGUGUGGUGUGCAUAGCGGGAGCAGAAGCACUUCAGAUGGACUUUGUUAGAGAUGCAAAAGGCACGGAGAUCUCGUCAGUUGGCACCGUGUUGAUUGCAUCAGUUUAGCACAUGUGUGCAUGAGUUUGCGCGGUGUCGCGUGAGUGUAGCCGAGAAAUGGGGAUCGUGGGAUGGCACGAGAUCUUGACUUGGCGGUGUUUAAAUAGUUAGUAUUUGCUUUGUACGCACUUUUGAUUUUCAGAGAAAUAGAGGAAGAAAA